AUGUCCGUCACCACACAUCCUGUUGUCCCGCCAGUGGCGCUGGAUACUAUCACCCAGCACAUUGGCAACACUCCUCUCGUCCGAUUGAAUCGCCUACCUCAAAGCUUGGGUAUCGAUGCCACCGUCUAUGCCAAAUUGGAGUAUUUCAAUGCGGGCGGCUCCGUCAAGGAUCGCAUUGCCUUGCGCAUGGUGGAGGAAGCUGAGCGAUCCGGUCGCAUCAAGCCGGGUGAUACCCUGAUUGAGCCCACCAGUGGUAAUACUGGUAUCGGUCUGGCCCUGGUUGGCGCUGUUAAGGGCUACAAGACUAUCAUUACCUUGCCCGAGAAAAUGUCUGCUGAGAAAGUUUCUGUCCUCCGCGCCUUGAAUGCGACAAUCAUCCGAACCCCCAACGAGGCCGCCUUCGAUUCCCCCGAAUCCCACAUCGGAGUUGCCAGGCGCCUGGAGAAAGAAUUGCCCAACGCCCACAUCCUCGAUCAGUAUUGCAACCUGAACAACCCCCUGGCCCAUGAGUUGGGUACUGCCCAAGAGAUCUGGACCCAGACUAAGGGCGAGAUCAACGCCAUCGUCGCUGGUGCCGGAACUGGUGGCACCAUCACCGGUCUGGCUCGCGGUCUGAAGAAACACAACUCCAACAUUGAGGUUAUUGCCGCCGAUCCUUUCGGUUCUAUCCUAGCCUUGCCCACUUCUCUGAACGACGCCCGUGUCAAUGAGCCCUACAAGGUGGAGGGAAUCGGAUACGAUUUCAUUCCCGAUGUGCUGGACCAGAAGAUUGUCGAUCGAUGGUACAAGACCGAAGACAGAGAAUCAUUCCAGUACUCGCGCCGUUUAAUCGCCGAGGAGGGCUUGCUGGUCGGUGGUAGCAGUGGUAGUGCCAUCGCAGCUUUGGUGAAGGCUAAUCAGGAGAAGAAGUUCUCCAAGGACGACGUUGUGGUCGUUGUUCUCCCCGACAGCAUCCGCAGCUACCUGAGCAAGUUCGCUGAUGAUGAUUGGCUCGCCGCCAACGAUCUUUUCCCCGCCGCCGUGCCUGUCGAGACAGCUAACCCCCAAACGGCACAGCCAGCUGCCACCGAGGACCCCCUGGCGGGCGUCAAGGUCAGCGCCCUCCGCUUGAAGCCAAUCACCACCGUGACCUCCAGCUUCUCCUGUGAAGCCGCUAUUGAGAUUAUGCGUGAGAAGGGCUUUGAUCAGCUUCCCGUGCUCGCUCCCUCGGGUCGCAAGCUCGUGGGUCUUUUGACUCUGGGUAACGUCCUGAGCAGACUGACCCACGGUCGUGUCUCGGGCAAGACUCCUGUUUCCGAGGUGAUGUUUGAUUUCUCAAAGAUCCCCGAGGUUGUCACCGACCCCCGUGAUAUGGGAGCCACUACGCACUCGAAGCCCCAACACAAGCGCCAGUUCAUCGAGAUCACUUUGGACACCCCGCUUAGCGUCCUGAACCGCUUCUUUGAAUGGAACAGUGCCGCCGUGGUGACUGAAAAGGACGCAAAUGGCAGCAUGAAGCCGCUGGCGGUUGUUACCAAGGUGGAUCUGCUCACCUGGUUGCUGCACCGCAACAAGAAGAACGGCAAUUAG